AUGAGUUACCCGGGUGUAUUCAGUGUCAUGGGUGUUCACUCCCCUCCAGUGAUCACAGUGGGGAACUGCAAGUUUAAAAAGCAUCGAAGACAAAGUCAGAAGUGCAAGUGUGAAGCCUCCAUCAGAGAUUCAGUCAACAGCCUGCCGGAUAGAAGGGUGGACGUUCUUGUGAACAAUGCAGGAGUUGGAAUGAUUGGAGCACUGGAACGCCAAAGUAUUGCUGCCAUGAAGGAAGCCAUGAAGCUCUUAGACACAAACCUCUUUGGGCUGGCACGGCUGGUGAGAGAGGUGCUUCCUGACAUGAAUCGGCGGCAGAGUGGCCAUAUUGUGGUGAUGAGCAGCAUCAUGGGAAUACAGGGGUGUCUGUUCAGUGAUGUCCACUCUGCUUCCAAAUUUGCUGUGGAAGGAUUUUGUCAAAGUCUGGCAGUGCAAGUAGCGAAGUUUAAAACCAAGAUGAAUCCAGUGGAACCUGGCUCUGUGGUGACAAAGUUUGAAAGGAAAGUGUAUGAAGAUGCUGAGAAGAUGGCUCUAUCAGGGACAGAUGAGGAGACUGCCAGAAUCUUCCAUGAAGUUUAUCUGCCUUACUCAAAAAAGAUCUUCUCUUCAUUAGGCCAGACACAAGAAGAGGUGGCUCAGCAAACAGUUAAAGUGAUCACAGCCAAGGAGCCUCCUCUGCAGCACCAGACCAAUCAUCUGUACAUGAUCAUGACAGUGCUGAAGCAUGCAGAUCCAACUGGUCGACUGCAGAGGAGGGCAGGAAAGAAAUAA